UUCAUAUAUUUUCCAACACACGCGCAUUCCAUUUUCUUGUUUGCGGCUGAUUUUUAUAAACAAUUGUAAUUGUUCCUCUUCGUUGUUCAUAAUUAAAACGUCAAAAUGAAUGCGCCGCCCACUUUUGAGUCGUUUUUGCUUUACGAAGGCGAGAAAAAAAUCAUCAAGGAAUUGGACACGAAGGUAACAAAUGCCGCAAUAUUCACCAUAAACAAGGAAGAUCACACACUGGGCAACAUGAUCCGCAAUCAGCUGCUCAAGGAUCCCAAUGUGCUGUUCGCCGGCUACAAAGUGCCGCAUCCGCUGGAGCACAAGUUCGUCAUCCGGAUACAGACCACGGCGGAUUAUUCGCCACAGGAGGCGUUCAUGAACGCCAUCACGGAUCUGCUCGCUGAAUUGUCGCUCUUCGAGGAGCGGUUUAAAGAUGCCAUCAAGGAGAAGAAGGAGGGCGGCGACUAAUUGUAGUUACUCUUUAUUUUUACAAAAAAUUUACGAAACAGAAAGAUUUUCACUAUUUGUGUAAAUAAACUAAAAAAAACACUUUAAAAAAUCAAAUCACGCGUUAACACAAAAUCUAAAUGGAGAAUGUUAGUGCAAAACAUAAUCCCUCUCGAAAAUCUGGGUGCAAAACCCUAUUAGAAAAGUUCGUAGCACUGCCGAGGUAAAAUAUGUUCCAAACAAUUGAUUAGCUUUACGAUUACAAGAACAACUGUCGUACAAAAUAUGUAUGUGUGUAAACAACCAACAAAAUUAUCUAAGCUCUAAUAGGUCUCAUCGUCGGCGCACUCGCUCG